CAUUGGUUCGAACUCUGCAAGAUGGCCGAGUACGAUUUGAUUAAAACUGUUUCGCAUUAUUUUGAUCUGCAUCUCGUGAUUCCGUUGCUUGAGUUUAUUGUAACAAAGAACAUAUACGAUGCAGAAGAGGUCAACCGUAAGCGACUUAAGCUGUUGGAACGAACCAGCAUGGUUGAUUAUACUAUCGACGUGUAUACUCAGCUGAUGCCACACAAGGCUGAGGAAGUAAAAAAAGAUCUUAUGAAACGCCGAGCAGAGGUUGUUGCUGAGUUUCAGAGUUUGUUAAAGAAAUGCACUCCUAUCAUGGAUGCAAUCAAUGCGCAAGACACAAAAGAAUUUAUGACGAACUGUCGAGACGGCCGCCAGCUUUUUGAAUAUGUAUCCAACAAAUUCAACGGCAUUUCAUCUGAAACAAUUAACGAUGUCUAUGCGUUCGCCAAACAUUACUACAACUGCGGCAACUACAAUAUGGCGUCCGAUUUGCUUGUCGUACACCGUCUUCUAAUUCCUCCGCAUGAUCCCAAUUAUUCGAACAAUAUUUGGGGAAAAUUAGCGUCCAACAUUCUUUCCCAGGACUGGUCAAACGCUAUUACCGAAGUGAACACGUUGCGAGAAUACAUCGAUUCCAAUCAGUUUGGCUCGCCUCUGCAGUCACUACAGCAACGUACAUGGCUGAUACACUGGAGCCUGUACGUCUAUUUCAACCACCCUCAAGGCCGCGAUUGCAUUAUUGACUUGCUUCUGUACUCAGCGCAGUAUUUGAAUGCGAUCCAGACAAUGUGCCCUCACAUUCUCCGUUACCUCACGGCUGCUGUUGUUUGCAACCGCGCUAAGAGCAGUGCGUUCCGCGACCUCGUUAAGAUUAUCCAGCAGGAAAACUACCAAUAUUCGGAUCCUAUAACAGAGUUCGUCGAGUGUCUUUACGUGCACUUUGAUUUUGAUGGUGCACAGAAGAAACUGCGCGAAUGCGAAACAGUCAUUCAGAAUGAUUUCUUCCUGACCGCUUGUCUGGAUGACUUCCGCGAUAACGCUCGUUUAGCAAUAUUUGAAACGUUUUGCAGGAUUCAUGAGUGUGUCUCUAUCGACAUGCUUGCUGAGCGGCUAGCCAUGGAGAAGCAGGAAGCAGAAGUGUGGAUCGCCAAUUUGAUUCGAGGAGCCCGUCUACCUGCAAAAAUAGAUUAUAAGCAGGGCCAUGUUAUUAUGGGUCAGCAGGCUAUUGAGCCGUACCAGACACUGGUUGAUAAAACUCAGCAAUUGGCCUUGAGAACACAGAUCCAAGUUCAUAAUCUUCAACAUAAGUUUUCUCACCCGGAUCGCAACCAGUGGAGUGAUGUGUAAGCGGACAUUGCAGUUCGUGAAUGAAAAAAGAGGUUGCAUCUCAUUGCCUGCAACAGACGUCCAGUAUCGUCUGAAUUCGUAACAUGAUAAGAUUAUGUAAUUUAAUGUAACACUAUGACUUAUUUAAAACAAAUAAAUGGGCGUCUAUUGUUUUUGGGCAA